UAUAACCUGUGACUUUCUUAAAUGAGCAAAUAAAUAACAAAGCCUUUUCGCCUCCGGUUGGUGCUGUAACCCGCCAUCCACGCCCAUACUGUACAACGUAUUAGGCACUGUGGUGAGUGCGGUUCGAAGAAAGUGGAGAACUGGAGAGAAAGAAAGAGGGAGCGAUUGGGAUGCUACAAUAACAGACAGACAGAACGAGAGGACACCACACAACGUGUUUGUUGUUGGGCAACACGGAGAGAGAAGAGAGGACAAAAUAGCCGAACCGAGAGAGAAGAGCGCGAGUGGCGGUCUGGGUUUGGCAACCGGCUUGUUCGUAGUUCCCUCGAGCCAGCUGCAGCAGGCAGCACCGUGCAAAAUGCGCUAUUUACGGUUCUUCAUUCCUGCGUUCGGUUCGACAAUGGACUCGUUCUGCAACUGAGCCUGCCAACCUUGCAGCACACCGCGGACGGUAACCUACCCAUUUGAGGGAACGCUUACUGCAACAUGCAGUAAAAAGAACACACUGAGAUGUUUUUUCACAAGAUACAGUGAAGGGGUGUCCCCACCGCCGUCAUUCUCUUUCCACAUACCGGUUUUUGGAUUAUAAAUCCGGGAUUAGAAGAAGUUCGGUCGGGAUGGGGAAGGAACAAGAACUACUAGAAGCGGCCCGGACCGGGAAUGUGGUCCUGGUGGAGAAAUUACUGAGUGGGAAAAGGGGAAUCCUGGGGACAGCCUCGGGCUCCAUACCUCUGCCAAACCUACUGAGCAUGUGGAGAGGCUUGAAUGUGAACUGUGCAGACAGUUCAGGGUACACACCUCUCCACCACGCAUCACUGAACGGACACAGGGACGUGGUGUUGAAGUUGCUCCAGUUUGAAGCCUCCACCAAUGUGGCUGACAGUAAGGGCUGCUUCCCCUUGCACCUGGCCGCCUGGCGUGGAGACGUAGACAUCGUCCGUAUCCUCGUCCACCACGGGCCCUCACACUGCCGCGUCAACCAGCAGAACCAUGAGAGGGAGACGGCGCUGCACUGUGCGGCCCAGUAUGGCCACUCUGAGGUGGUGUCCAUCCUACUGCAGGAGCUGACAGACCCCACCAUGAGGAACAGCCGCGACGAGACCCCCCUGGACCUGGCUGCACUCUACGGACGACUUCAGGUGGUCUGUAUGUUGGUGACCGCCCACCCCAACCUGAUGAGCAGCCACGGGACAAGGCGCCACACGCCCCUGCACCUGGCCGCCCGCAACGGGCACUACUCAGCCGUGCACACCCUGCUGGAGGCCGGCAUGGACGUCAACUCCCAGACGGAGAAUGGCAGCGCUCUCCACGAGGCAGCUCUUUAUGGGAAGAUGGAUGUGGUUCGUCUGCUGCUAGACUCAGGUAUUGAUGCCAACAUCACAGACUGCCAGGGAAGGACAGCUCUGGAGAUCCUCAGGGAACACCCCGCACAGAAGUCCCAGCAAAUCACUGCACUCAUGCAAGAAUAUAUGAUGGAGGAGAUGAUGGACAAUAAGAGUGUGUUGAUGGAGGAACCUAUUCGCCAGUUUCCUAUCCCCACACCUCGCACCUCUAUCCCCUCUCCCUCCGCCUCCCCCUCCCUCAGGCACAAAAAUGAUGCUGUGACAGGGGAGCUCUCCAAGCUGCUGAAUGAGAUGAAGAUGUGUCGGGACAGAGACUACUCCUUUGAGGAGCUCUGCCAGACCAUCUCAUCCCACUCUCAUUCCAUGGAGAGCUUUGGCAGCGGUCACCUAUCAGACGAGGAGCGACGCAGUAACGGCACCCUGAGCAGAGUCAGAAAGCGGCCCACUCCCCCACUUCCCCCAGCCCAGGAGGAAGAGGAGGGGGAGAAGAGCUGUGGCCCUGCUGGGUUCUGGGAGGCCCUCACACCCUGCAACGGUUGUCACAACCUGGGCUUCUCCAGCGUGUCACAGCCGGACUCGAAGCGCUCGGCGGAGAUCGUACCAUCGCCCUCCCUUGACGUGUUCUUACCGGAGGAUGAGGACAAUCCGUAUGAGUCCGUCACCACCGCCGUGACCCGUAAGCCCUGCUCGCUGGACAUCGGCCUCUUCAACGCCUGCCCCCUCAACGGCCACUCUCCCCAGGUGAUGGUGACUGAGCCGGAGCUGUGUAACCAUAGGAACAGCUCCUCACCAACGGGGCCUACUCCAGACUGCUCUCCCCCCUCCCCAGACACUGCCCUGAAGAGCAUUGACAGAGUCAUCCGCCCACAGCCCAAACAGCGGACCUCCCUCUCCUCCUCCCUGGAUGUCCAGAACCAGAGGCCAGUCAACCACAGCUGUGAUCCCUCCGAGGUGAGCUCGUCCCUGGGCUACGCCAGCUUCAGCACCAGCCCCCCUGUCAGCCCGCCAGUCAGCCCCAACCAGGACUCACCUGGCUCCAACGACGACUGCCCCCCCACAGACGACGGGCCGUACCAGCAGAACCCUCCCCCCGCCUCUUCCAAUACAUUCCUACUACCAGACGACCGACGACAGAGCCUCAUCCCUGUAGAGUUCUCCGGCCUCCUCCACGGCUCCUCGCCGGCCUGCGAGACGCCCGACACACCCUACCACCUCUACACCUCCAACAACAACCCCAAAGCCCGAAAACACACCCCCUCAGACCCCCACACCAGCCCGGUAACCACCCUCGGUAACCAUGGCAACCUCACUUCGGUAACCCAGACCCCUGAAUUAGGAAUUGGACUGCCACCGCCCCUCAUUAUCCCUCACACAGGAAAUGAGGCGAAGGCUCUGAAGACCCCCAAAGACCCCAUCAAAGACGACAGACCCCCCAAACCUCAGGUAGUCUAUCGCACCAUCUUCCACACCCGGGUUAACCAGAACCCCCAGAGCGUCUUGCCCUCCUCCUCCUCGCCAUAUGGUUGGAACGGGGAGGCGGUGGUGGUGAGGGGGGGUGUGUCGGGAGCUGGCGGACCUAGGGAGGGGGCACCGGGGUCUGGGUACGAGGACAGGGCCUUUACCCUGGGCAGGAUGAGAUCCAUACCUCGCAGUGUGCUGGAUCUAAAGCUCUCCAAGUCACUGUCCAAGUCUGACUCCAACCUGGUGGCUGUGUCACCCAUACAGGAGGAGUACCACUGGGGGUCGGGGGCCAGGGGCCAGGGGCCGAGAGGAAGCCCUAGCCCAGGGGACACCACCAGUCCUGGGGGCCAGCUAGAGAGAACACCCUCCUUCACUGCUGAAUGGGAGGAGAUUGAUAAGAUAAUGAGCUCCAUUGGGGCUGGCAUCAGCACUGGCACGAGCUCAGAAGGGAUCAAGGAGAAUAAUGCAGAACCCCAACCCCCAUCCUCCAACCCCCCCAUCCAUCCUACCAUCCUCCCCCUCUCUUGCCUCUCUCCUCCACACUCUUCCUCUACCAUGGCGGGCUCGUUCGACAGCCACAUUGCCCGCAACAUGAUGUGGCAGUGCCAGCUCUCCCAGCCCGAUUGCCGGUGUUACCGGGUGGAUGGCUACUCCCUCCUGAAGCGUCUGCCCCUUCACCCCCUCAUAGGUCCCCGGUGCCCCAUGCAGUCUGUGGGCCAAUGGCUGGACAGCAUUGGACUGGUCCAAUACGAGAACCACCUACUGGCUAAUGGCUUCGACAACGUGCAGUUUAUGGGCAGUAACGUGGUGGAGGACCAGGACCUGCUGGAGAUCGGUAUCCUCAACUCAGCCCACAGACAGAGGUUGCUACAGGCCAUACGCCUACUGCCCAGGGUGCGUCCUAUUGGCUAUGACGGUAACAACCCCACGUCAGUGGCUGAGUGGCUGGAGUCUCUGGAGCUGGGAGACUACACUAAGUCCUUCCUCAUCAACGGAUACACCUCCAUGGAACUGGUCAAGAAGAUCUGGGAGAUAGAACUCAUCAAUGUGUUGAAGGUCAGUCUGAUAGGACACAGGAAGAGAAUCCUGGCCUCGCUGGGAGACAGGCUUCACCAAGACCCUCCACAGAAACCCCCACGGGCCAUCUCCCUACGGGAGCCCGGUGGCUGCAACACCCCUCCCCAGAUCCUUCCGGGCCAGGCUGCGUACACCACAGCGGGUGUCCCAGGGGGCUCGUUGGACGUGCAGCACCUCAUCAUGCAGGCGGACGCACGGCGCCGCCAGCGCUCCAACGACAACUACUUAGAGGAGAUGCCUCGCUCCAAACUGGAGCGGCAGAUGGCCCAAGUCAGCAUGUCUCAUGAUGUUGGAGAAAGACCUUCUGCAAGAAAUGAUACUCAAGGCGAAUGGUGCGAGCCAAUCACGUUGCGUCCUCCCAACGAGGCCACCUCGUCCACUCCAGUGCAAUACUGGCAGCACCACCCUGAGAAACUCAUCUUCCAGUCGUGUGACUAUGAAGCUUACGUGAGUAGUCCUGUCCCUACGUUAUACAGUGUGUGUGUGUGUGUGUGUGUGUGUGUGUGUGUGUGUGUGUGUGUGUGUGUUAACUCCUCUUUUCCCCCUCUUUCUCUCUCCGUCUCUCUCUCCACUCUACAGAAGUCUACAGAACAGAUGAAGAAAGUCCCGACCAUUGUUCUGUCCGUCUCCUACAAGGGAGUCAAGUUCAUUGAUGCUACAAACAAGAACAUCAUAGCUGAGCAUGAGAUCCGUAACAUCUCAUGUGCGGCCCAGGAUCCUGAGGAUCUGUCCACGUUUGCCUACAUCACCAAAGACCUCAAGUCCAGCCACCACUACUGCCAUGUCUUCACUGCCUUCGACGUGAACCUGGCGUAUGAGAUCAUCCUGACCCUGGGCCAGGCCUUUGAAGUAGCCUACCAGCUGGCCCUACAGGCCAGGAAGAGUGGCCAUGGCUCCUCCACGCUGCCAGAGAGCUUUGACAUCAAGCCCAACAAGCCUGUCCCCAAGCCCCGCGUCAACAUCCGCAAGUCUAUGGAGCAGCCGUCGAUGGAGCAGAAGGGUCAUGCCAACGUGCCGUGGAUAGUGGAACCAGGGCAGGAGGCCAAGAGAGGAGCGAACACCAAGUAUGAGACCACUAUUUUCUAAUAGCGUAUACCACCCGCCUGUCCACUCCUGUGUGUGUGCCUUGCAGAGAGCUGGCCCUCUAGAGGCCCCCCAACGGAGCUGCACGGCACGAGCAACCCUCUUAUGCGGCGACGUGUGUGACCUCACUGGCCGAAAAAACCGCUCUGCCGCAACCUCUGCAUGAUGCCGUUUGGCGCUGCGCUGUGUCUCUCUCUCACACACUCCUCUCUCUUGCUCUCUCCCCCUCCCUUUCCUUGUCCUGUUGACGCCUUAGCCUGCCUGCAGGGGCGGAGCAUGAACUUUUACCCUUGGGGUGAUGGUGCACCUCUCUGUCUAGACCUGUAGGGGGCAACAGUCAGUUCUAUUUUUCCAUUUUCCAUGGUCAGCCCUCCCCUCCUAUGUGUCAGGCAGGCAGUCAGUUGGUUGGUCAGUCAGUCAGUCAAUCACUCUUAUUCUUUUUCCUGACUGGGGGGGUGGAACCAUUUGGUUAUAUCUCAUGUUUUUCCUCUUCCUACUGCUGUUCCUCCGCUCCUCGCUUUUCUUUUUUGUCUCUCUCUUUUUUCACUCCUUCGACAAGCUGAAUGAGAAUAUCUAGACCAUUAUGCUGCUAAGAACCCCACCCCUAACAGUCUUUUUGUCUUUGUUGGUUUUUAGAGCAAAGCCAAUUCUCCAGCACUAGGUUUGCGUGUUGAUGUUUUGGGGGAUUUUGUUGCCCAGUACUGGCAACCCAGAGGAAAGUGGAGGGACAUUUGUUUAUCAGUUCCAUCUAGUUGGAGAGGAUAAUGGACUGCUGAGAGAUGAUGUAGCAAAUGUUACUUUAAAAAUAAAAAGUUGCUAGUUCAAGAGACUCCUGUUUUUAUCAUAUAUCAGUCUUUGAUUUUUACAGCAGAUUAUUUUUUUUAGACAUAUUUAGAGACAUUUUUGAGUGGCAAAGCGUUGUUUGUUUAUUUGAGACUAAUUGACCUUUGACACAGGACGGAAUAGUUUUUAAACCACACGCUAUACCUGUGUCCAGAUUUAAUUUGUUUAAAAUAGGUUAUUAUUCGAUUCAUCAUUUUCUUUCUAUACUUGUUUUGUUGGGAAAUGCUGAAAAGGUUUAGCUUGUGGCUUGUGAGGCGCAUGGAGUCCAUUUUGGAAUGACUGGUAACGAGGGAGGGGCGGGGCCGGUGGAUAGGAGGCGGUGUUUGGGGACUCUCUGGAUAAGUGGUGUGAUCUCAUUCGCAGGGCAAUGCCGGACGCCCAUGUCUAUUACUGUGGAAUGCAAAGAAUGUAGCCAGCCUUAAACAUGGACCCUCUCACACACAAUGCAAAAAGGACUACAAAUGUGGACCCUUCUGUCUCUGUGUCAAAGGACUACAAACAUGGACACUCUCUAACGAACUUGGUGUUUAAGGUUGAUUACAAAACGAGGACAUCCACAAACCACAAACAUUGGACCCAUGGACUAUCUGUUCACACACACACACAGUUAAGGGACUGCUUAGUAACAGAUGUCAGUCAGAUAUGUGAAUGUAGACUUUCAUUGAAGCAGCCACAACUCUAGCCCCUGUUCUGCAUUCAAUUGGACCUUGACCUUUGAACUCUAUACCACGGUCACCAGAGGUCUGGACUGUAACGGACAACUGUGUGUAUUUGAAUGGGGAUGAGGUAAAGGACUUCUGGUUGGCUCUUUUCCUCUUGUUUAAGUUUUGUUUGACGGUCAAUAAUAUGAAUAGAAUUGGCUGUGCCGGACCACCAUGCAACAGGUGAACCCUGUGCCAAGUGGCAUCACAAAGGAUGGCUCCGCCUACCUGAGCAAAACACCAUCCAUCCCAAUUAAAGAAAUAUUCAUAUUAAUGCCGGACGUUUUAAAUGUUUCAUAUGAGAUUAUCUUAUGAUUAUUCUUGUGCAAUUCUUGUCUUAAUGUUACAUUAUUUUUAUAUGAUAUGCUGAAAUGAAAAAAUCCGGGCUUGAGAAAGAUUGCCAUCCUUUAAAAAAUAGCAUAAUAGUUCUAUACUGAGAGUGAAUGUUUCAGAUGUCUCCUCUCCUUAUAAUGAAUAAUAAUAGCUAUUAUUAUUAUUGGUGUGUCUGGUCAACACACCAAUCUGUUUCUCAUGGGGCUAGACUCAUAACUCCAAGCAGAUGUCAUAUUUUACCACAGUAUUUCUGUAUUCUGUGGAUGAAUACAUAGUCCUCUCUAAAUGUACAUAGAUAUUUUGCUCAUUGUUCAUACAUGUAAUGUAGUAAAACAUUUACAAAAAUAAAGGAAUCAAAUAUUUGCCGCACAUCGCACUGGAGACAAGGUACCAAAAUGAAAAGGUCAGAGUUGAAAAUCAAAUCUAUGGUUCUAGAGAUUGUAUUGGGGAGUGCUGGGACAGGGUGAGGACAUCACUGCUGACUAACUCAUGUACGUAUGCUUGGGCUUCCAGCACACAGAUUUUGUACGUUUUGGUCAUUAUUUAUAUCCUUGUAAAUCACAUGGAAUAAACACAACUUGUACAACCAUUAAUCACCA